GAGUUCUGCGACAGCGUGGCCACGGAGAAGUGGAUCAUGCAGGCAGGACGCUUGCGCAUCGAGGGCGAGUCUAUCGACAACUCCAAGGAUGACGGCGAUGCAAACAAAGGCCCUGAUGAGGUCUUCGAUGGUGCCGGCAACAAGAUCGAAAUCAAGAAGAGCGUGGCUGGCCUGCAAAGCCCAUAG